AUGGAUCAACAGGAUACUACCGCGGAUAUUGACUACCUGACCUCAUUGAAGGCCCAGGCCGCCUAUGUGCACGGGGGCCGGGCGGGGAGUUACAUAAAUGAGCUCACCAGUGCGGAGGCCCAACAACUCUCCACCGUUGUAGUGGCAGCACGCGAACUGAUGCAGCAAACAUUUAGCGCCACCGGCCGGUUGACCGGAGUGAACACUUACGAACGACUGAAGGAGCAUGAUAUGGUAAAACUGUUGGUAACGGAGUAUGACGCAGACAGGAGGUCCAAAAUGCGCUGGGGACAGACCCAGACCGAGUGGGCCUUCACCGUUGCUGGGGGCGACACUCAACGCCUAGAGACCUCACAGGCCGGUCCAGCCCAACCAGUGACGAUUGUUCGGCCGGAAAACAGGGGACAGCGAGACGUCUACUCCUCCUCCAUCAGUAGCGUCUCCGAGGAUGAGGGGGUGAGCCAACCAAUCAUGCACACCUGGCCGACGCGGCCGAGAUCGGCUUACUGCUGCGAUGUCGCUUGCUCUGCCCAGAUCGCGCCUGAUUCUCUGGAAAAGAGGAUACAAGUUACUGAGCACGCCAUUCAGGAGGCCAGUCAGACGUAG